AUGGGCCGCAAUCUCGACGCCGAGCAAGCGGAAGCACCCAGGAGCAGCAAGAAGGAGAAGAAGAGCAAGAAGGACAAGAAGCGGAAGCUGGCAGCCGAGGCCGAGGACGAGGCGGCGGCGGCGGUGACGGCGACAGAGGAGGCCGUGAAGAGCAGCAAGAAGAAGAAGCGGGUCGAGAAUGGACCCGGCGCAGGAGGAGGAGGGGAGAUGGAGAACGGCGCUGAGAAGGCCGUGGCGGUGACCGGGAAGGGCUCCGAGGACCCCAAGUACGCGCCGCUGCGGUCGUUCUCCGCGGCCGAGCUGCCGUCCCAGGUGCUCGAAUGCUGCAGCACGUUCGCGCGGCCGUCACCCAUCCAGGCACACGCCUGGCCGUUUCUCCUCGACGGCCGCGACUUUAUCGGCAUCGCCGCCACCGGAUCCGGGAAGACAAUUGCCUUUGGCGUGCCGGCACUGAUGCACAUCAGGAAGAAGGUAGGGGGGAAAGCAGGGAAGAAGGCCGUGCCGCGGUGCCUCGUGCUAUCACCAACGAGGGAGCUCGCUCAGCAGAUUGCAGAUGUACUUAGUGAGGCUGGUGCACCAUGUGGGAUAAAAUCAGUCUGUCUUUAUGGUGGAACUAAAAAGGAACCCCAAAUAUCUGCCCUUAAAUCUGGAGUGGAUAUAGUCAUAGGAACUCCUGGUCGUAUGAAAGACCUUAUUGAAAUGGGUGUUUGCUGUCUUAAUGAGGUUUCGUUCGUGGUUCUAGAUGAAGCAGAUAGGAUGCUGGAUAUGGGUUUUGAACCUGAAGUCAGGGCAAUUUUGAGCCAAACAUCAUCUGUACGUCAGAUGGUUAUGUUCAGUGCAACUUGGCCUCUUGCUGUCCACAAAUUAGCCCAGGAGUUUAUGGAUCCAAAUCCAAUAAAGGUUGUUAUUGGAUCAGAAGAUCUUGCUGCUAACCAUGACGUGAUGCAAAUUAUUGAAGUAUUGGAUGAUAGAACACGAGAUUCAAGAUUACUUGCCUUGCUUGACAAAUACCAUCAAGCACAAAGCAACAGGGUUUUGGUUUUUGUGCUGUACAAGAAAGAAGCUGCACGAGUGGAAACAAUGCUUCAGAGAAGGGGAUGGAAGGCUGUUUCAGUCCAUGGAGACAAGGCUCAGCAUGAUAGAACAAAAGCUUUAUCUUUAUUUAAAGAAGGGAAAUGCCCUUUAAUGAUUGCUACAGAUGUCGCUUCACGUGGACUUGAUAUUCCUGAUGUUGAAGUUGUCAUUAACUAUAGUUUUCCUUUGACCACUGAGGAUUACGUCCACAGGAUAGGAAGGACUGGUCGUGCUGGCAGGAAAGGUGUUGCACAUACCUUUUUCACUCAAGCGAACAAGGCACUUGCUGGUGAACUUGUGAAUGUUUUGCGGGAGGCUGAUCAGGUUGUUCCUCCAGCCCUUAUGAAAUUUGGCACACAUGUCAAGAAAAAGGAAUCUAAGAUAUAUGGAUCUCAUUUCAAGGAAAUCACAGCAGAUGCUCCUAAACCCACAAAGAUCACAUUUGGUGAUUCUGAUGAGGACUGA